CUCUCUCUCUCUCUACACUCGCUAGUCUUUAAAUCUCCCACCGCCAGUACAUAACCUUCUCUCCACUCAAAGUCUCCCUCAUCUUCCACCAAGGAUCUAAACCAAUUAACCAAAAGUUGAAAAAGGAAAAAAGAAAGGCCUUGCAGAAAGAGGAAGAGAGAUAGCAAAUGGAAGAAGAAAACCAGGUGACCCCCAGAUGGGAAGGCUAUGUAGACUGGAAGAACAAACCUGCACUCAAAUCCCGCCAUGGUGGCAUGGUUGCAGCCUCCUUUGUAUUGGUGGUGGAGAUAAUGGAGAACUUGGCAUAUCUAGCAAAUGCGAGCAACUUGGUGCUAUACUUGUCCGAGUAUAUGCACUUUUCUCCAGCAAAAUCGGCAAACGAAGUCACGAAUUUCAUGGGAACUUCUUUUCUUCUGGCCCUUCUUGGAGGUUUCUUAUCCGAUGCCUUUUUCACUACUUAUCACAUCUACCUGAUAAGUGCAGUGGUUGAGUUUCUGGGUCUAAUCAUACUCACAGUGCAAGCCCGCUCAUCAUCUCUCAAGCCACCAAUAUGCAAAGGAGCCAAUUUCAACGCGCCAUGCGAGCAGGUUCAUGGUGCCAAGGCUGCAAUGCUGUUUCUAGGCCUGUAUCUGGUUGCGCUUGGUGUUGGAGGCAUAAAGGGGUCGCUCCCGUCGCAUGGCGCCGAGCAGUUCGACGAGAGCACGCCGCAGGGACGGAAGCAGAGGUCGACCUUCUUCAACUACUUUGUGUUUUGCCUCUCGUGCGGCGCCUUGAUUGCGGUGACAUUAGUGGUGUGGAUUGAGGACAACAAAGGGUGGGAAUGGGGCUUUGGAAUCUCAACUCUUAGCAUCUUGUUGUCUAUCCCCGUCUUCCUUGCCGGUUCCGCUCUUUACCGGAACAAAAUACCUUCCGGGAGUCCACUCACAACCAUUUUCAAGGUUUUAGUAGCUGCAUUGGUGAAUACUUGCAUAAGAAAGAGUCCAAGCAAUGCCAUUGCAAGUAUGGGAACCCCUUCUUCUCCCACCAUAAUCAGCAGGGAAGUGGAAGAGAACGCCAAGACAGAGGAGUCCACUGAAGCCCCAACAACAACAAGCCUAAAAUUCCUCAACAGAGCCGCAGUGAACAAUCCGGUCCACGCGGCUCUAGAGUGCAGCCUACAGCAGGUGGAAGAAGUCAAGGUUGUCUGCAGAAUCUUCCCCAUAUUUGCCUGCACAAUAAUGCUCAACUGCUGCCUGGCUCAGCUCUCCACAUUCUCUGUCCAACAAGCCGCAACCAUGAACACCAAGCUAGGCUCCUUGAAGGUUCCUCCAGCCUCCCUCCCCGUCUUCCCCGUAGUCUUCAUCAUGAUCCUGGCACCUCUAUACGACCACUUCAUCAUCCCGUUCGCCAGGAGAGUGACAAAGUCCGAAAUGGGAAUAACCCAUCUCCAACGAAUUGGGGUCGGUCUAGUCCUCUCCAUCAUUGCAAUGGCAGUAGCCGCGCUCGUCGAGGUCAAGCGGAAGCGAGUGGCUACCACCUCAGGCCUACUUGACUCCACCAGUCCAUUGCCCAUCACAUUCUUCUGGAUUGCACUUCAGUACUUGUUCCUUGGCUCAGCAGAUCUCUUCACUCUGGCCGGAUUGUUGGAAUUCUUCUUCACUGAAGCACCAACAAGCAUGAGAUCUUUGGCCACAUCUCUCUCGUGGGCCUCUUUGGCCAUGGGAUACUAUCUAAGCACAGUGAUUGUUUCCUUAGUAAAUGAUGUCACAGGAAGCUCCGAGCAAAAACAAUGGCUCUCUGGAAGCAACAUUAACCAUUACCACCUAGAACGCUUCUACUGGCUCAUGUGUGUACUCAGUGCACUGAAUUUCUUGCACUACCUCUUCUGGGCUACCCGGUACAAAUACAGAUCAACAAAAGGAAACAACUGAAAGGGAAAAAAAAAUAAAAAUUUAAUUAAAGAAGUUACAUAGCUGGAUAUAUGUGGCAUGGUUGAAUAUCAUGUCACAUAUUAAAUGGGCAACUUUUUUGGGUUGUACAUACAUGGGAAUGUGCCAAAUGCUGCUUCUCAAUUAAUCUAUCUUCCAAAAUUAUGGGGGUAUGAUUGAAGUAGUGCCUCUUGAUACGGGAAGAUCAAAGCAGGAAAAUGGUAUCUGCAGUGCCUGUUUUGUAACCAAUCCCAAUGUUGUGGUAGAUAAAUGUUAUUGGUUCCUAUUUUCGGGGGAACAAAAAAUUAUAUCAAUUUUCUUUGUGUCUUCUCAUUUUCAAUUGUAAGAGGAAAGAAAGCAAAAUCAAUGAGACUAUUCGGACUCAACACAACAAAGCAAAGUACUGAUGACCCUGUACUUGUUUCAUAUAAAAGAAAGCAAAGAGAAGAGCUUUCCUCAGAG